AUUCUCUUCUCACUCUACUCCCCUCCAUCUGUAUUCCUUCUGCUCUCUCUCUCUCUCUCUCUCUCUCUCUCUCUCUCUCUCUUCUAUUAGUAUGUAAUAGUAAGUGUUCUUGCUUACUCAGUUACGCUACAUUCCGUCCGAUCAUUUCUUCAGCAUCAACAAAAAAGAGAGCACCAUUUUAGAAACAUACCCGAAAUGAAUAGGUAUCUUUUCUCUGGAAUUUUGCUAGUUGGUGUUGCAAUUUUGGAACUUAUUAUAGGUUCUGGUGACGAUCAAAGAGAAGAAACUCAUAAUAGAAAUAGUAAUCGCGAUAACAGUUCUCCAGAAAGGGCUACAAAUCAGAAUGGAAAUUGUAAUCGCGAUAACAGUUCUCCAAAAAGGGCUACAAAUCAGAAUAGAAAUAGUAAUCGCGAUAACAGUUCUCCAGAAGGGGCUACAAAUCCUGCCACUGAUAAAACAUCCGCACAAAAAUCGCCAUAUGGAUUGUCUUCAGAAUCCUCUCCCAAGUCACAUGCUACUUCGUCAAAGACAUUGCCACCUGAGUCCAAGCCGCCACCACCACCAGUUUCAUCAUUGUCUAACAGUUCUCCAAAGAAGGCUACAUAUCAUGAGACUGAUAAAACAUCUGCACAAAAAUCGCCAUAUGGAUUGUCUUCAGAAUCCUCUCCCAAGUCACAGGCUUCUUCCUCAAAGACAUUACCAUCUGAGUCCAAGCCGCCGCCACCACCAGUUUCAUCAUUGUCUAACAGUUCUCCAAAGAAGGCUACAUAUCAUGAGACUGAUAAAACAUCUGCACAAAAAUCGCCAUAUGGAUUGUCUUCAGAAUCCUCUCCCAAGUCACAGGCUUCUUCCUCAAAGACAUUACCAUCUGAGUCCAAGCCGCCACCACCACCAGUUUCAUCAUUGUCUAACAGUUCUCCAAAGAAGGCUACAUAUCAUGAGACUGAUAAAACAUCUGCACAAAAAUCGCCAUAUGGAUUGUCUUCAGAAUCCUCUCCCAAGUCACAGGCUUCUUCCUCAAAGACAUUACCAUCUGAGUCCAAGCCGCCGCCACCACCAGUUUCAUCAUUGUCUAACAGUUCUCCAAAGAAGGCUACAUAUCAUGAGACUGAUAAAACAUCUGCACAAAAAUCGCCAUAUGGAUUGUCUUCAGAAUCCUCUCCCAAGUCACAGGCUUCUUCCUCAAAGACAUUACCAUCUGAGUCCAAGCCGCCACCACCACCAGUUUCAUCAUUGUCUAACAGUUCUCCAAAGAAGGCUACAUAUCAUGAGACUGAUAAAACAUCUGCACAAAAAUCGCCAUAUGGAUUGUCUUCAGAAUCCUCUCCCAAGUCACAUGCUUCUUCCUUAAAGACAUUGCCAUCUGAGUCCAGGCCACCUCCACCUCCAGUUUCAUCAUUGUCUUCAUCUUCUUUUGGGAUACCUCUGUCAUCCGGCAAACCCGGGCGACUUUCCACUCAGCCAAUUUUGUCUGUGGCUCCAUCUAGUCCAACAAAUCCAAAUUCAAAAACCACUUAUAUUUGUGUUGGUGCAUCUCCUACUUACGCCAUUCCCGAGGAUUUGAAAGAUUCGAUCAAGAACGAUGUUGUGCCCGGAAUUCUCAAAAGGCCUUUGUCCUCAUCAACGUACAAGGAUUACUUUGAAGCCCUGCUUUAUGCCGAGGAUUUCUACCUUGAGAAAUGGGAUGGGUUUGAAAUGAAGAAAGUGACUUUGGAGUUGGAGGAAGCAUCUUUUUAUAAGAGGAAAGGCAAAUACAACAAGAAGAAUGUGGAUGAUGAGAAGGAUGAUAAAGUCUUUGUCGCAUUUGAGCUUGACUCCAUUCCUGAGAGAAGGCCAUUCCUUUUAUCUAGGGACUUUGUCUCCGUAUCGCCUUCAGGCACAAGAGCUGAGCCAUUCCAGGGUCUUAUCUACCGCGUGGUAAAGAGUAACCGUGUUUUGGUUGAAUUUGGCGAGGAUUUUCAUGUUCAGCAUUACCCAGCAUGCAAAUACAAUGUCAAGUUCUCUUUUAACAGAGUCUGUCUAAAACGAGCACACCAAGCUGUCGCAACAGCCUCAGAUCUUUUAUUCAGGAACUUCCUCUUCCCUGAUUCGAUAUUUAAAAACAGCCUUCUUACUGCUCAACUUCCAUCCAUCGAUCUUGACUGGCAUCAAAUCUCUGCUGUUCGUCAUAUUUUAAGCAACCAAAAUACGGUUCCAUAUCUUGUGGAGGGACCAAUCGCCGUUGAUAAGUUUUCUUUAUCAAGAACCGGAUUGGUUGUAUGUGAAGCAGUACUCCAGGUGUACCGAACAUCUCCCUCAUGCCGGAUUCUCAUAUGUGCUCCAACAAAUAAGGGAUGUGAUGUCAUUACAAGAAGCUUGAUCAGGGGGAAGAUUCCAGAGUCUAAUAUCUUCCGAGCGAAUGCUGCAUUCCGGGAGCUUGAUGGAGUUCCAGAAGACAUUCUUCCUUCCUGUCUUUAUAAAAAGGAAAGGGAGUGCUUUUCUUGUCCUUCAAUACACGAGCUCCGGAAAUUUAAGGUGAUCUCAUCCACUUUCAUGAGCAGCCAUCGGCUGCACGAUGAGGGCAUAAUGGCCGGACAUUUUAGCCAUAUUUUCCUGGUGGAUGCCUCGUCUGUCAUUGAACCGGAAGCUAUGGUGGCUCUGGCUAAUCUGGCGAAUGAGAGCACAGUUGUGACGGUAACUGGGGCACCCAGAAAUCAUUCGGGUUGGAUUCAUUCCGAUAUGGCCAGGCAAAACGGGUUGCUGGUAUCAUACUUCGAGAGACUGCGGAAAAGCAAGCUGUAUGACAGCCUCGAUUCAAAGGUCAUCACAGUGCUCUGAGACUUUGGGAAAAAACUCCAAUGAGACUCGGUGUGGGUAUUCUCUUCACGUUUUACCAUUUGUGUUGAAUCCAUUGAUGAUAGAAUGUGAAAAAAAAACUCACUCUCCUCUUUUUUGGGCUUUGUUUUGAGACUGUAAAUGAUCCAACUGUUAACUUCCUGUUGGUUAUUGCAUUUUGGGAAGUACAUUUUGUGAAGAAAUGAGAGCAGUUGGUAUAA